AAACAGUUCAAUGAAAAAGGUUAAUGUAGAAGAGUACAGUUAUUUUGAGGUACAUACAAUCAUUCAUAAAUUCGUUCAGCUAUCUCAUUUAUAUCAACUUUCAUCAUACAAGAGGAAAUUAUUAACGGACUGCAGACGGAUCAGUUUGUUAUCGCAAAAUAUUUCUCCCGCUUCCGGUUUUCAUCUUAUUACUUAUUUAUAAGACUUUGCAACACACAGUCAUUAGAGUCGAGCCAAGUUGACUACCGUAACGUAAGACACGCGACAUUAAAUCGCGUUAAACAUAAAUCGAACGGUAACAGAUUACGUGUUUUAACUUUUUCGAGCAAUCUUGACGCAGUCGCAUGAGUUAACAGGAUUCAGACAGGCGCGCACGCGAUCUUGCUUGCAUCGACGUCGUCGAGGAUCCAAUUAGGCUGUCUCAUCUCGCCGGAGAGUCGAUGCUAGACGAGAACACGCAGCAUGGAAAGCACGGAGCAACCGAGUAACGAGCAGAAACCAAAGGACAGGUUAGUCGGUCUGCUAGAUCACAUCGAGGCCCAUGUAGAGCAGCUGCGAAAGGAUGCCGCCAGGCUUAUGGAAGAAAAGGAUGGUCUGUUGACGACCUUGGACACCCUUAGGAAUAACGACUUGCUGAUCUCCCUGGAGGAACCUGAUAGAGAUGAUAUCUUAAGGUACGCAGAUAGAUUGUCCAUGCGCUGUUCCACUGUAGAUGUAUUAGUCACAGUCCAACGAGAUCAUGUUCAAGAGGAAGCAUUACAUCAGGUUAAUGGUUUGAUCGACAGCUUGGUCAUAAGCUUGCGACAAGAUCCAAAUGGCACUCGACAGCGAUGUGCAGAAUUUAUGAAUGCAUGCUCCUCCCAUAGCAUAGGACAUUCCGAUAAGAUCUUUGAGACCGCUAUUCUUGGAUGCACAUUAGACGAUCAAAAGCGAGUGAAGAAAAGAUUGCAGGGAUUGCUCGAUUAUAUCGAUAAGAUGCACAUCUUGGAGAUGACACAGUAAAUAACACUUAGAGAUUGUUCAGCAAAUAUUGAAUUUGCCUGAUUUUCCAUACGAGUUCCGAAUGGCGAAUCUUUUUGACGGUCUAGCGCUGUUGUGGACAGCGAAUUAAGAGACAGUUGAGAAAGAGAUAUUCUGUAACACCUUUUCUGCACGGCUGAGUUUCCAUUUUCCUUCCACUUUGCAAAUAGCUACUUAAAAAUGGAACACUUGGCUGUGUACAGAACACACUAUGUGUGAUUGAUUGGAUUUAAUCUUAUAGUGAUGCGAUAUUGAUUCUCAGCGUUUAUACAAUUCCUAAGCAUAUUUUAAGACACUUGGCAUUUCGGCAAUUUUAGAAAAAAAAAGUUA